AUGAUCCCUGUUGUACAGGCUUCCUUCUGUCUCGCCUGCCCCCGCUCCCCCUCCCUGGUGCUGCAGGGCGCCAGAAUACCUUCUGUCACGCCUGCACUGCUCCCCCUCCCUGGUGCUGCAGGGCGCCAGUCUACCUUCUGUCACGCCUGCGCCCGCUCCCCCUCCCUGGUGCUGCAGGGCGCCAGGCUUCUUUCUGUCACGCCUGCUUCCACUCCCCCUCCCUGGUGCUGCAGGGCGCCAGGCUUCUUUCUGUCACGCCUGCUCCCACUCCCCCUCCCUGGGCGCCAGGCUACCUUCUGUCACGCCUGCCCCGCUCCCCUCCCUGGUGCUGCAGGGCGCCAGGCUUCUUCCUGUCACGCCUGUUUCUGCUCCCCCUCCCUGGUGCUGCAGGGCGCCAGGCUACCUUUUGUCAUGCCUGCACCCGCUCCCCUCCCUGGUGCUGCAGGGCGCCAGGCUCACGCCUGCUCCCCUCCCCCUCCCUGGUCACGCCUGCACCUUCUGCUCCCCUCCCCGGUGCUGCAGGGCGCCAGGCUACCCUUCUGUCACGCCUGCACCCGCUCCCCCUCCCUGGUGCUGCAGGGUGCCAGGCUACCCUUCUGUCACGCCUACUCCCUCUCCCCCUCCCUGGUGCUGCAGGGCGCCAAGCUACCUUCUGUCACGCCUGCCCCCGCUCCCCCUCCCUGGUGCUGCAGGGCACCAGGCUACCUUUUGUCACACCUGUCCCCGCUCCCCCUCCCUGGUGCUGCAGGGUGCCAGGCUUCCUUCUGUCUCGCUUGCCCCCGCUCCCGCUCCCCCUCCCUGGUGCUGCAGGGCGCCAGGCUACACUUCUGUCACGCCUGCACCCGCUCCCCCUCCCUGGUGCUGCAGGGCGCCAGGCUACCCUUCUGUCACGCCUACUCCCUCUCCCCCUCCCUGGUGCUGCAGGGCGCCAAGCUACCUUCUGUCACGCCUGCCCCCGCUCCCCCUCCCUGGUGCUGCAGGGCGCCAAGCUACCUUCUGUCACGCCUGCCCCCACUCCCCCUCCCUGGUGCUGCAGGGCGCCAGGCUACCUUCUGUCACGCCUGCUCCCGCUCCCCCUCCCUGGUGCUGCAGGGCACCAGGCUUCUUUCUGUCACGCCUGCUCCCGCUCCCCCUCCCUGGUGCUGCAGGGUGCCAGGCUUCCUUCUGUCUCGCUUGCCCCCGCUCCCCCUCCCUGGUGCUGCAGGGCGCCAGGCUUCUUUCUGUCACGCCUGCUCCCGCUCCCCCUCCCUGGUGCUGCAGGGCGCCAGGCUUCUUUCUGUCACGCCUGCUCCCGCUCCCCCUCCCUGGUGCUGCAGGGCGCCAGGCUACCUUCUGUCACGCCUGCGCCCGCUCCCCCUCCCUGGUGCUGCAGGGCACCAGGCUUCUUUCUGUCACGCCUGCUCCCGCUCCCCCUCCCUGGUGCUGCAGGGUGCCAGGCUUCCUUCUGUCUCGCUUGCCCCCGCUCCCCCUCCCUGGUGCUGCAGGGCGCCAGGCUUCUUUCUGUCACGCCUGCUCCCGCUCCCCCUUCCUGGUGCUGCAGGGCGCCAGGCUUCUUUCUGUCACGCCUGCCCCCGCUCCCCCUCCCUGGUGCUGCAGGGCGCCAGGCUUCUUUCUGUCACGCCUGCGCCCGCUCCCCCUCCCUGGUGCUGCAGGGCGCCAGGCUUCUUUCUGCCACGCCUGCUCCCUCUCCCCCUCCCUGGUGCUGCAGGGCGCCAGGCUUCCUUCUGUCUCGCCUGCCCCCGCUCCCCCUCCCUGGUGCUGCAGGGCGCCAGGCUACCUUCUGUCACGCCUGCCUACCGCUCCCCCUCCCUGGUGCUGCAGGGUGCCAGGCUUCCUUCUGUCUCGCUUGCCCCCGCUCCCCCUCCCUGGUGCUGCAGGGCGCCAGGCUACCUUCUGUCACGCCUGCGCCCGCUCCCCCUCCCUGGUGCUGCAGGGCACCAGGCUUCUUUCUGUCACGCCUGCCCCCGCUCCCCCUCCCUGGUGCUGCAGGGCGCCAGGCUUCUUUCUGUCACGCCUGCUUCCGCUCCCCCUCCCUGGUGCUGCAGGGCGCCAGGCUUCUUUCAUUCACGCCUGCUCCCGCUCCCUCUCCCUGGUGCUGCAGGGCAUCAGGCUUCUUUCUGUCACGCCUGCCCCCGCUCCCCCUCCCUGGUGCUGCAGGGCGCCAGGCUACCCUUCUGUCAUUCCUGCUCCCGCUCCCCCUCCCUGGUGCUGCAGGGCGCCAGGCUACCCUUCUGUCACGCCUGCUCUCUCUCCCCCUCCCCGGUGCUGCAGGGCACCAGGCUACCUUUUGUCACGCCUGCUCCCGCUCCCCCUCCCUGGUGCUGCAGGGCGCCAGGCUUCUUUCUGUCACGCCUGCGCCCGCUCCCUCUCCCUGGUGCUGCAGGGCGCCAGGCUUCUUUCAUUCACGCCUGCUCCCGCUCCUCCUCCCUGGUGCUGCAGGGCACCAGGCUACCUUUUGUCAUGCCUGCCCCCGCUCCCCCUCCCUGGCCUCAGCCAGAUCGUCAGGUUCCUAUGCCUCAGCCGGCUCGCCAGGCUCUCUUGCCUCUGCCGGUUCGUCUGUCAGGCUCACCAGGUGGGACGCCGGGUGGUGCCCCUAGAGAGGAGGGGUACUGUCACGCCUGCCCCUGA